AUGAGUGGCCUGUUGAGGACGCUCCACUGGCGGCGCGUGCUUGAGUGCCCGACCCGAUGCGCCUGCGCACUACCGCCUCCCAUUUCCACCCCACGCUCUCGUCAGAAGAUGGUGACCAGGACAAAGAAAAUCUUCGUAGGAGGGCUAUCAGCACCCACAACGCUGGAAGAUGUAAAAAAUUAUUUCGAACAAUUCGGACCGAUGUACGAUAUCAUUCUUCGCAAAUCUACAGCAGACAAGGACGAGUCACGUGCGUACACAUUCGUAGUCGACUUGUGUGACUGGCGUACACUCGAAGCCGGUAUCGAAGUGUGCGUGACUUCGAUGUCUCGAUGCCGUCCUGUUCCUUACGUGCGAGCUUUUCAAAUGAAAACUGUCUUGGAAUAUCAAAUGAGCCACUUAAAUACUGAACACAAUGAAUACGCCCACCUGAAGCAAAGGCCACCGGGACGCGUGCACGCAACGCCGUCGUAA